AGAGCUCUGCAUCCGGGCAGCGGCAACAGCAUCCGCGUCUGGGAGGGGAGAGAGAGAGUUGGCACACGCCAAGCACUGCAGCUGGUACCCGGCCCAGCUCAACCCCUCCUCCUCCGCCAGUCCAGCCUCCUUCCCCCAGCUUUCACCCGCUUUGUUCUCCAUCCCUCCCGUCUCCUCCAUCUCCCCUCUGCUGCUCUCGCUCCUCCAAGGGCACCAGGCCGUGCAGCCUCUGGCCUGCCCAGGGGCCCAUGCACAGCGCUUUGCAGCUAACUUUGUGCCCUCCAGGACGAGCCCUAGGCCAAGGCUCCCGUACCCUCCUGUGGAGUCUGAGCUGGGAUGCUGCUCUAGGGGCUGCCCAUGGUUCUCACCCUGCUCAUCUCCAUCUAUAAACUGUGCCGGUUUUUUGCCAUGUCCAGUUCGGAGAGGGCGUUAGCGCCUGAGUCCAUGAGCCAGGCAUGCUUGUGGUCCGGGUCUGGGGUGAGGGCUGCAACCCACCGAGAAGUGUCCCCUGGGGUGAGCACAGAUGUCCAGGUGGCUCUGGAUCGGAUCCUCCCUGAUCUGCACCUGGCCAUAUCCUCCAUGAAGCAGGCAGCCGACCCUGAGGAUCUCAGGAAGGGGAUCACAGAGAUCUUCCAGCUGGUGGAGGAGGCCUGGGUGAUGCCCACCCUGGGGAGAGAUGUGGCCAAAGCUCUGUGUGAUGUGAUCCGCCUGGAGGGGGGCCUGGACCUGCUGCUGAAUCUGCUCCAGGCAACAGAGCUGGAAACCAAGUGCCAGGCAAGCCAACUCGUGGAGCAGAUCCUGGUGGCAGAAAACAGGGACCGGAUUGCCCGGAUUGGGCUGGGGGUGAUCCUGAAUCUGACCAAGGAGCGAGACAACCCCCAGGUGGCACGCAGCCUCUCAGGUAUCCUGGAGCACAUGUUCAAACACACUGAGGAGACCUGUUUCCAGCUCAUUUCUGACGGGGGCCUGGACGCCAUCCUCUACUGGUGCCGCUGGACCGAUCUCGUUGUACUGCGCCACUGUGCCAUGGCCCUGGCCAACUGUGCCAUGUACGGCGGGCAAGCCAACCAGCGGCUGAUGAUCGAGAAGAACACGGCAGAGUGGCUCUUCCCAUUGGUGUUCUCCAAAGAUGAUGAGCUGAUCCGCCUGCACGCAUGCCUGGCCAUCGCGGUGCUGGCCACCAACAAAGAGAUCGAGAAAGAGGUGGAGCGGUCGGGGACCCUGGCGCUGGUGGAGCCCUUCAUCGCCUCUCUGGACCCGGAGCGGUUUGCAUGCGACUUGCUGGACAGCAGUGACAACAGUCAGGGAAGGACAGCAAAGGACCUGCAGCACCUGGUCCCCUUGCUGGACAGCUCCCGGCUGGAGGCGCAGUGCAUCGCUCUCUUCUACCUGUGCGUAGAGGCCGCCAUCAAAGCCAGGCAGAAGAAAACCAAGAUUUUCAGUGAAAUUGGGGCUGCCCAGAGCCUGAAGAGGAUAGUGUGUUACUCCACCAGCAGCACCGCCUCAUUGCUGGCCAAGAAGGCACUGCGCAUGAUGGGUGAGGAGGUGCCUCGACGGAUCCUGCCCACCGUCUCCAGCUGGAAACCCACUGAGGUGCAGACAUGGCUGCAACAGACUGGAUUCAACAAAUACUGCCAGAGCUUCCUGGAGCACGAGGUGGAUGGGGACUUGCUGCUGCGACUGACGGAGACCGAUCUGAGGGAAGAUCUGGGGAUGGCCUCUAGCAUCAUCCGGAAGAGGUUUUUCCGCGAGCUGACGGAGCUGAAGACAUAUGCAAUUUACUCCACCUGUGACCGCAGCAACCUGGCCGACUGGCUGGGCAGCGUUGACCCCAAGUUCCGCCAGUACACGUACAACCUGGUGACUUGUGGCAUCGACCGCAACUUCCUGCACCGUGUGACGGAGGAGCAGCUGCAGGAGGACUGCCGCAUCGAUGUGGGCUUCCACCGCAUGCGCAUUCUCUCUGCUGCCAGGGAAAUGCUUCACUCUCCCCUGCCGUGCAGUGGCUGCAAAUCCACCUCCGAGGGGCCUGACGUGUUUAUCAGCUACCGACGGAGCACUGGCUCCCAGCUGGCCAGCCUGCUGAAGGUCCAUCUGCAGCUGCAUGGCUUCAGCGUGUUCAUAGAUGUGGAGAAGCUGGAAGCGGGGAAGUUUGAGGACAAGCUGAUCCAGAGCGUGAUGAGCGCCCGCAACUUCGUGCUGGUUCUCUCGCCAAACACGCUGGAUAAGUGCAUGGGGGACCCUGAUCGCAAGGACUGGGUGCACAAGGAGAUCGUGACAGCUCUGAGCUGUGGGAAGAACAUCAUCCCUGUGGCUGACCAUUUUGAGUGGCCUGAUCCACAGGAUCUUCCUGAGGACAUGAGGGCUGUCCUGAAAUUUAACGGCAUCAAAUGGUCCCAUGAGUACCAGGAGGCCACAAUUGAGAAGAUUAUCCGCUUCCUCCAGGGUCGCUCUUCCCGGGAUUCUUCAGCUGGCUCAGAAAACAGCCUGGAGUGUGCAGCCCCUCUCGGGCAGAGCUACAGCCAGGCAGUGCCGCCCCAUAUCCUCUAGGGCAGUGUUGUUCAAUCAGGGACCGGCUUGCUGCUUUCCUAAACUGCAUCAGGGAGAUCUCAGGGCAUGGCACCGGUCCUCGGCCUGGCAGCUGAGAAACACGGUGCUAGGGACUUCCCACAAGAGCUCUCCCCAAGUGGGGUUAAAUCCUUCCCGUUAGAGCUUCCUGCUUCCAUGGCUUCCCUCUGGGCCCACCCCGAGUGUCCUGGCCCACUUCCCUGGCUCAGACAGUGCAAGAGGAAGGGCCCUUGGCUGGGGCAGCAGCCAAAUAUUUACUCUCUAAUUACCCUCCUAUCCUCGAAUCCAGCCCCUGCACCGAAAGGGAUGUUUGCCCCUUAAGGCAAAGAACACUUCCUAUCUGCCUCCUACAGCCUGAGCCUGUGGGGACAGACAAGAGGGCCCAUCCCAAUGCCCCAGGGGCAGGGAGACAGCUGUUCCCCUUCCCUUGCCAUGACGCCCACUCCUCUGAUUCCACAGCCUGCAGAGAAAGGGAUGGAGAGCGCAGACCCCGCCCAGGCACAGUGGGGUGGGGUCAGCCUGGGGCCCCACCGCCACUCUUCUGGGCAGUGCCUCGGACCAGUUGCCUGAGCGGCGGCCAGCUUGGCUGGGCCUAAGCUGCCUCAGCUCCUCGGGCGGUCCUAGGCUCAGCCACUGCAGCUGCAGAAGUCACAGAGGUCCCAGAAAGUCAUGGAAUCCGUCACCUCCGUGAAAGACUCGCAGCCUUCCCCACGAGCUGUGUAUUCACGAGGAUUUCACAAGGGAGCGUCACGCAGCUGGCACAGGCUGCCAAGUGGACUCCAGCUCCUGCCCUUACACGCCCUUCUGGGUGCCUGGGGAUCAUUACCAAGGGCAGCAGCUCAGGGAGCAAGUGGCACCACAAAGUGCCAAUGGGCAGGAGAGACCAAAUGAAAGCAAAGCCCUGGAGCAAUCCCCUUGUUUUAUGUCAGGUCCUUACAACCUGCCUAGGUGGAGAUCUCCCCUCCCCUCAUUCCAAACAGCAGCUCCUGCCCCCUCCUUGGGGCCUCUCACCACAUGGUGCCCAUCACCGUCAGGCCUCGGAAGCCCUUUGCUUCUAGCUCAGGUAGAAAUCUUUCCCGGGGGCCUUCGCAAAGUGCAUCUUGUUAUCACCUGACGUCUCAGUUCUUGCCACUCGGGUGCCAUUCUCAAGGUGCUGUCAGGCCCAUGUGCGCAGGGCACAAGGGCUGGGUGCAGAGCUGCACGGUGCCUGGAGCAUGCUGCUGGGUGGGGCGUGGAAGGACGUCAGUUGCUGUACUGUAUCUGUGGGAUCAUUAUACACCGGCAAGGCACUGGGCUGCGGCUGUGCUUUAUUCCUGCCAGCUCUGCUUUUCAUUCCAGACUUGCCAUGGCUCCUGCUUCUCUCAGAGGGAGCUUGCUGGCAUGGAGCCCAAGGGGUCUGCAGCAUGAGUUUCCCUUCGAGCUCAGGGCUGCACUUAGAGCAUUAAGUGACAGGUCAUUUUCUCACCUCCUCCCACCCCCACGAGCAAGAUCCUUUGCACAUGCAAAAUCAGCCAGCAGCUACUCAGCCUAAAGGGUAUUGGGGAUGGGGGCGGAGGCCACUGCCGAGGCAGACGGUCGUUUCCUGGCCAUGGGGCUGGGCUGACAGCAGGACCUUGCAAGAUGUGGGGCCAGGCACAGCUGGCCCAUGCACUCUGGGCCCUGCUAUCGGGGGGGUCGGGGGAGAAGGCUGUACUGCAGCUGGAGCUCAAACAUAGGGCUUGUUUGCUUCCCUUUGCCCUUUUCUGUGGCAUUUGUGGGUGCACACAGAAGCCUGAGGUCAGGCAGCCAAUGCAAGAUGGUCUCAGCUCACGGUGCUGUGGCCUGUACCUCACCCUGCACCUGUGCAUACACCGUUUGGGUUCUCAUCCCACCCUGCACCUCUGAUCUUUGGCUGCUGCUGGAAGCUGCUCUUAACAGGCCCCUUUCUGAUGCAGGAACUGGCCAGGGGCUUUUCUUGGAGGAGAUGAAAUCUCCUCCAAAGGGAUCCCCAUUCUGCAGGCUGAAGCUGGCUGCUUGGGGCCACACCACAGCCCCCUGCCCUAGGAAAAGGAAGGUCACUGACCUAUUGAGCAGUGACAGCAUGCUCCCCCUGCACACCCAGCGAGCCAGGCGACACAGUGGGACCGGAUGGCCAGCAGAGAGCGCUCCUCAGGUACCACAGACAUCACUUCUCAUCAGUCUUCCAUGCAGCUCACUGCAGCUGUCCUGCCUGUUCCUUCCUGCUUCCAUUCACAGGGCAGCAUCUGCAGCAGCCCCUGCAGAGCGCAGCGCAAACGCUUCAAGCCUGUCUGGAGUGCCAGGCCCACCACAAUGUAAACACCCGGGUCACGGUGCCUCUGCACAGCACUAUGUGUACAGGAACCAGGCAGCCAGAAGGGCUGAGUGCUGAACGGGUUGUUCAGUCCCAGCAACGCUGCAGAGCAAUUACAUCCACCGAGCCCUCUCUGCCCACAACCCUGGUCCAAAGAAAAUAGGAUGCGGUGAAGGAACUUUUAUGAAGCAUUCAUUAUUCAUGAGUGGAGAUGAUGGGCUCCUGA